CCUGCCCGGCCGCACUCCCAGGGCCGUUGUCUUUGUCGCGGGGAGGCCUGAGACCACUGUCCCCUCCGUGCGUGGGGCCCUUGCUCCCCCUUGCGUUGGUUCAGAGAACAAGGUCAUCUGGGCUUUUCUUGUCUGACCUUUGACCUGAGCGGUGGGGGUUGGGUCUGUCAGUCGCGGGCACACGCGAUCGAUGAGGACGUGCGCGACGACCGUUGGUAGGGGCGGUGGUGCGGGAGCGCCGGCUGCUCGGUGAGGACCCGGCUGUGGGUCUCCGCUCGGGGGCUGGCCGCUGGGUGGGGCCGGGCCGGAGCCUGCGACCGAAGGGGCUGCGGGCUGGGAUGAGGGGCCCGGAGCCGGGGGAGGGGGAGUGGUUCCGGCUCCACUGCCGGUUCCUCCCUCCCGGAGAACCGCGGGCCGCACCUGACCCCACGGAGGAAAAAGCGCCGGGAGUGGGGGUUUCCCUGCUCUCCGACCCAUGGUGUGGGUCAAACUUAAGGAAAUUGUGGCAAAUACUCCAUUUGGGGGUGGUUUACAACCUCAUCUGUAACAUUAUUUUCACGUUGCUGUGUGCAUUUCCAGUGUAUUGUAUAAUAAAGACAUGGUCGCUUUUAGGGGAGAUGUCUGAAAAACUGAGAAGAUGCAGAAAGGAGCUGACUGCAGCCAUUGACCGGGCCUUUGAAGGACUCAGUCAUUCCCAGGAGUGCUCAGGCAUGCAGAGGCAGGAGCUGGACGCUGCGCCGCUUUCUUUCCCCUUCCCCAUGCACAGGCUCCUCUGCAGGAGGCACCCGCUGGCAGCCUGCUCCUCUGCGGCUCCUUUCUCUCCUGUCCCGUUUGCUCCUGGGAAUGAGAGCCCUGCCUUUGCACCAAACCACGAACCCGUGAGUGCAAAGACACGUGCUCUAUGCCCCAAAAGAAAACCUCUGACCAGCAAGGAAAACAUAUCGAUGCAUUCCUCGAUUUUGGCACCUGAAAGACAGUUUUGGAGAGCGGCAGGAGAUGGGGAGAACUGGAGAAAAGACAGUCUAAGGAAAGAUAUGGAGAAAGAUUUGAAGGUUGAGUCAAACAUGCCACUCAGCAGUUCUAGCCAAGAGGUCACAAAGGAUUUGCUUGACAUGAUCGACCAUACAGGCAUCCAAACUAUUGAAGAAUUGGCUGGAAAACUAGAAUUUGAAAAUGAGUUGAACCGUGUGUGUGGUUGCUGUGAAGAUUCUCCCUUCAAGGCGGACGCCUGGGCCCUGCUGGUGGACGAGAGCCCUCAGGAAGCCUCGGAUGCAGACCCUGGCAGCCUCAAGCAGGCUUUCUAUGAUCACAGUAUCGUGGAGACUGUUCUGGACUUGGAAGAGGACUACAAUUUGCUGACCUCUUUUAAAUACCGAAUUGAGUAAGGACAGUUGACUUCAGCUUUGAUUCUUUACAGCAGGAGUCUGAUGUUAGGGCAUCUGUGCAGGGCAGUCACAGUUGUCAUCAGGGGCCACAUUCUUCAGAGGCUUGGCAGAAUCUGAAUUACCCCAAUCUUUUUAACUUCCAGUUGUGUCCCUUCUUGAGCUGAGAGCCCAGUUUGUUUGUUUGUUUAAUUCUGUUGCUCUGAAGUGUUUCUUUUUUUUUUCACCUUUUUUUUUUUUUUUAACAUCUUGACUGUUUUAUUGAUUGAUGUUCAAUAUACCCAGAACCCAAGGCAGGUGCAGGUCUUGGGCCUCUGCUGUGUGUCUUCAUGUUCUUUUCCACGGACCCCUGAAAAAGUACGGGGGCUACAACCAGCAUGGGCUUUCUGUACCCCUGGGACCAGCCCAUCCCAGGCCAGCUCAGCCUGUAUGGAGGAACUGGCGUCAAGAUGGACCUUGGCCCCAGACCCUCUGCCAUAUUUGCGCAUUUUGCACACAAGGCUGCCUGUCCCCUGCAUGGGCCUCAUGCCCUCUUCGUGUCCAGACCCUCAAUCCCUCCAUCCUUGCCCCUGCCCAGCUCAAAGCCCUCUGCAAAGGCCUCCUACUUGUGUCAGAGGGGCUGGUAGCAUCCCUUAUUAGGUUUCCUGGGCUGGAGCCAACCCUCCACCACAGCUUGAGAGAAAGGACAUCAUCAGAAAUUAUUUGGACAGAUCUCUCAAAACCAUGAUGUUCUUUCAGGAAACCUAAUAAACUGUUGGGCAAGGUAUCAUCUGAGUCUCGGAAGUGCCCGCCUCCUAGGCAUAGGGGAGUAUGGGGGUAAGGAGUCUGGUGCAAAGCUGUUGUAAGACCCAAAACUCAAACCAAGGAGCUGGGAGGAAGUCCCAGGGGCCGAGGACCCCCCACCAGUCCAUAUUUUAGGCUAGUGAUCCAGCAUAGGGCAGGCUGCAGAGCUGGCAUCACCCCUUUACUACAGGUCUGGAGAUUCCUCUGGGCCCCCAGGUAGAGACCUUGCAUCUACUCCGUAGCUGUGUGAGACUGGGCACUUGCCUGCCCCUGAGAACUAGCCUCCAGCCACUUCAUGGGACAGGCCUCCGCUGGGGGGUAGAGGGCAGGACGGGCUAACCAGAGGCUCCUUCCAAGCCACCGUGCACUCACUCCCUGCAGCAGAUAAUAAACAUCACAGAUUAUGGAAUUGGGGUUCACUUUCUAUUCCCUGAAUAGGAGAGACAGGAGCAAAUAAGAAGAAAUGCUCACAGCUUCUUGCCUGCCCCACUCCAGGGGGAAUGGGGCCAUCUGGAGGGAGAGUUGUCAGGCUACUUGAUAUUCAAAAAACCAGGUCUCCCAACAGUGAGUUCCAAAUAAUAUGCCUUGAUGUGGAUACUCUCCCACAGAGGAUGUGGGGCUUAAUCCUCAUCUCCCCCAACCCCUGCCUGUCACCACCCCUUGAGGGUGAGCUGAACUUAGUGACUCGCUUCCAAGGAAUAGAGCUGGGAAAGGGAAAGAUAGUAGAUUACAUGGAGAAGCCUGGCAGACACCACUUAACCAAGUGAUGAAGAUGAGCACCACUUGUGCUGUCCUGUGCACGUCACCCACCGCUGACAGGAUGCGAUGAGAAGGGUGCUUUGUUUCCAUGGUAUUCCUACCAAAACCUCCCAGCCCCAAUCUAAUUGUGAGACAAACAUCAGAUGAACCCAGUUUGGGGGAUAUUCUACAGGAUACCUGGCCAGUACUCAAGACUGUCAAGGUCAUUAAAAACAAGGAAAGACUCAAAAUCUGUCACAGAGCAGCAGACACUGAGGAGACACAAUGACCAAAUGCAGUGCGGUGUCCUGGAUUGUGUCCUGGAACAGAGAGAGGACAUUAAUGGAAAAACGGAUCAAAUCUAAAUACAGGCUCAAGUUUAGUUAAUAUGGUUAUUAGUUUCUUAGUUUUGACAAGUAUGCCACAGUUAUGCAAGAUGUUAACAUUAAGAGAAGCUGAGUGAAGGAUAUAUUUGAACUUACUGUCUUUGCAACUUUCCUGUAAAUCUGAAUUUAUUGCAAAAUUUAAGAUGUAUUUAUUUGUUUUAAAAAUGCAGUUGAUCCCAAGUUUGUGAAAUGUGUGUAUGAGCACACAUGCAGAAAAUUGUUAUGGAGGAACAAGGAGGGUUUAGGUCUUUUUCUUGUCUGUAUUUUAAAAUUUAUCUGCAGCUGACAUGUGCCACUUCUGUAGAAAAAAGAAAUUAGAGUUGUUUUUUAAAACCCUCAUCUUCAACCAGCCAUGGGCAUCCCUCACCAGAAACCUGCCCAGAGGUGACCUUCACAGUUUACAGGAACUGGUGCAGGUCCAGGGCCUGCCAGGGGGUGCUCAGCAGGACCCUGACAAGGGGGUCGCCCUUCCCUGCGGGUGCUGGACCCUCAGGGCCAGAAACUCUGGGUCUCACAGAGCUGUUUCUCAGCACUCAGUGCUGGGAAUGGGGAUCUAGCCCUAACCCUGCAAGACUGAAAUGAGAGGAUUUUUCUUCUGCCUGCAGCAGAGACUGUGGCCCUUGGGAAUGAGGGCGGAGCCUGGGGUAGAGGUGGGGAAGGAGGGAGGGGUCAGGUUUUCCCUGGUUGGUUAGACAAAUAUACCUCUGUUUUAGCAAAGCCUUUAUGUGAAAAUUCAGAUUUACCAAAAGGGCUAAUUCAUCCUGGAAUCCUUAAAUGAGGAGCUUUUCCUCACUGUAGAAACACAGCUAUUUAGUAAAGCAGGUGAGCCCUGAGCCUCUGGCAUGCCAGUCCCAGAGUAGCUGGGGUGGCCAUGUGGUCAUUUCCCUGGUGACACCCACUCUUGUCUCUGCAUCCCUGGCUCCCCAAGGUGCCCAAAGGACACUUUCCUGCCUUUGUCAUCUGCUUCAGGGUGGCGGGCAGAUGUGUGCUCCUCUGCACAGAGCAGGGGUUUGAGGAGUUAGUCUCUAGGGAUUUAGCUGGAGGAAUAAAAGGAGCCUGGAACAUUUUUUGCCUAGAACAUUUAUUUUAAUAAA